CAAGCUCUAUCAUAGUAACUUCAAAAAAUUCUUAGUAUGGCCCUCGAGAUCGCAGGGAAGACCGCCCUUGUCACCGGCGGAGCGUCAGGAAUCUGCCGCGAAUUCGUCAAGAAACUGGUAGCUGGAGGCUGCAAUGUGACUAUUGCUGAUUUAAACUCUGGUCCAGAAGAUAAUGGAGCCGGUGAGACUGCCCAAACAUCACAAAGUCCUGGCCAGACCAUGUUUGUGCAGACCGACGUUACAAACUGGGACGAGUUGCAGAAUGCAUUCGACAAGACAAUCGAGCGGUUCGGGCGUCUGGAUAUAGUUUGUCCUGGAGCUGGUGUAUUCGAACCACCAUUCUCAAACUUCUGGCACUUCAACAAAGGAACCGACACAAACGCAUCAUCCAGCUUUAAGACACUUGAUAUCAACGUCACCCACCCCAUCCGCGCCACCCAGCUCGCCAUCGACGCAUUCCAGCGCCAAAAGCUGAACCACGGUGUUGUCGUCCACGUCUCCUCCGUUGCAGCACAAGCCGCCGUUCUGCCCGCCCCGAUAUACGCAGCAAGCAAACACGCCGUCUCAGGCUUCGUGCGCUCCCUCGCAGACCUCGAACGCAGUCUCAAUAUCCGCGUCAAUGCCGUUGCGCCAGGGCGCGUCAAGACACCACUAUGGACGGCUGACAAGCUAGAAUGGGUAGACGAGGAUGCGGAGCCCUGGGUGACUACUGAGAAAGUAGCGCAGACGAUGCUGGAUCUUGUGACGAAGCCGGAGCACGUUGGUGGAACGGUGCUGGAGGUUGGUGUCGAUGUGGUUCGGUCUGUUCAGGAGCUGAAUGAUCCUGGCCCCCAGGGGCGUGGGCAUGCGGCGACGAAUGUUGCUGCGGCUGUGAAGAACGUCUAUGGGCUUAUCGAGGAGAACUUUGGGGUUUGAUGUGUUUCAGCUACGUAGGGAACUUGUCUAUUUCUUGUUUAAUGGUCUCCUAUCAGAUCCGAUUUCUCACACCCAUGUUUACAUAGAGGGCUGCACUUUCCUGUUGUACCUGUCCCUAUCGUCCCUUCCAUCGUGGAAGUGAUUCAACUCGUUCUCAAAGGCAACAGAAAUCGGUAUAGCUCCUUCUAAUUCUGGAUCGCGCCUUCCCGGGCAUUGAUUUAAGCUUAAAUUCACCGUCUGGGAAGGUACAGUCAGCGCCAGGCGGAAGUGCUCCUUCCGGUAGAACCUCUGCACACGGCGUCAAUAGCCGGGCCUACGAGGUAUUAAAAUC